AUGGAAAACCAACGGAAUAUCAAAAUUUCAUUUGCUUUUAACACAUUUUUCUCUAAGCUUCUUGGAUCUGAGAAAAAAAUGGCUCAGCAUUACAACCUAACCCCACUCUUCCUGCUCACAUUUAUCUACUUUAUGCAUGACCACAUGAUAACUAAUGCAACUGCACGUCGCCUUUUAGAGACGCCUCUCCCUGAAAUUCCUAAACCAGAAUUCUCGAAAGCUCUAACCUUGCAAAAGCAUGAAAUUUCAAGUGUUUUGAAACUUGAAAUUCCAACUUGGACAAAGUCGGAGAUACCUGCUGGCCCAAAGCCUGAGGUCCUAUCAGCUUCGAAGCCUGAGUUUCCAAGUUGGCCAAAGCCCAAACUUCCAUCUUGGCCAAAGCGUGAAGUCCCAGCUGCGCCGAAGCACGAACUUCCAUAUUGGCCAAAGCCAGAGGUCCUAGCUGCGCCGAAGCCUGAACUCCCAAGUGUGCCAAAGGCCGACCUUCCAUCAUGGCCAAAGCCCGAGAAACCGGUCGCUCCAAAGCCCGAAUUCCCAAAUUGGCCGAAGCCCGAGCUUCCAUCUUGGCCAAAGCCCGAGAAACCUGCUGCUCCAAAGCCGGAGUUCCCAAGUUGGCCAAAGCCUGAGGUCCCAACUGCACUGAAGCCCCGGCUUCCAUCUUGGCCAAAGCCUGAAGUCCCAGCUGCGCCGAAGCCCAAGCUUCCAUCUUGGCCAAAGCCUGAGGUCCCAGCUGCACCGAAGCCUGAGCUUCCAUCUUGGCCAAAGCCCGAGAAACCUGCUGCUCCAAAGCCCGAGUUUCCAAGUUGGCCAAAGCCCAGGCUUCCAUCUUGGCCAAAGCCCGAGAAACCUGCUACUCCAAAGCCCGAGUUUCCAAGUUGGCCAAAGCCCGAGCUUCCAUCUUGGCUGAAGCCUGAGGUCCCAGCUGCGCCAAAGCUUGAGCUUCCAAGUUGGCAAAAACCCACGCUUUCUCCACCACAUAAACACGCUACUCCUUGA